CACACAGUUUAACAUGAUGGACUAUAGCACAGGACUGCUGCUUUUAACUCUCUGCUGGGCAGGUGUUGAUGGUCAGACUCUGACAGAAUCUGAACCAGCGAUUAAAAGACCUGGAGAAUCCCACAGAUUGACCUGUACAACAUCUGGAUUGUCAUUCAGUAGCUACAAUAUGGCCUGGAUCAGACAGGCUCCUGGAAAAGGACUGGAGUGGGUUGCUACUGAUGCUGGUGUUAGUAGCAAAUACUACUCUCAGUCAGUUCAAGGCCGGUUUACCGUCUCCAGAGACAACAGCAGAGAGCAGCUGUAUCUGCAGAUGAACAGUCUGAAGACUGAAGAUUCUGCUGUUUAUUAUUGUGCUCGAGACCCACAACACGCUGCUGGAAAAGGACUGGAAUGGAUCGCUUACAUCAGCAGUGGCAGUGGCUACAUCUACUACUCUCAGUCAGUCCAAGGCCGGUUUACCAUCUCCAGAGACAACAGCAGACAGCAGCUGUAUCUGCAGAUGAACAGCUGGGACCAAGGAGCAGGGGGAGGCUGGGACUGGGGGGAGCUCAGGGAGAGCAGGGAGACAACAGGCGAGGAGCUCGAGGAAGGACGCUGGGAGCCGAGGGCCGAGGAGCGGAGAGAGGGAAGGCGACGAGCGGAGGUAGCGUGGACCAGGGAUCCGCGAGGAGGGGACUGGAGGAUGAGGCCAGCUGACUGGAGACAGAGGGAUGAAAGGGAUGACUGCAGGGAGAGAACACAGAGAGAGAGGCGCACUGCAGCCACGGCUUGCACCAUGGGCAUGUCACAGAGUGUUGAUGGUCAAACUCUGACAAAAUCUGAACCAGCGAUUGAAAGACCUGGAGAAUCCCACAGAUUGACCUGUACAACAUCAGGAUUCACAUUCAGCAGCUACUAUAUGGCCUGGGUCAGACAGGCUCCUGGAAAAGGACUGGAGUGGAUCGCUUAUAUAAGCACAUCUAGUUUUUAUCUUCAGGGGAGAUUCACCAUCUCCAGAGAUGACUCCAGCAAGGACCCAUUGCCUCGAAAUGGAUCUGUCAAAAUGGAACUGAACCAACCAAGUCCCAAAGAAAUCUUUAGCAACAACCAGGCAAAGUUGAAGUGUAUCAUUACUGGACAGGACCAGAAUGUUAAUGUAAAUCAAGUUGAAAUCACUUGGAAAAUCGAUGGAUCCCCUGUCACCAACAACAUCCAAACAACACAGACGGGAAGCAGCAGAGUCAGCACAAUGACUCUUACCCUCACUGAGUGGUACAAAGCCAACAAAGUGGGCUGUUCUGCCAUGAAAGACAAUGUGAUACAAGCUAGUCAAGAUCUGACUUUCCACAAAGGAGAUGGGAGCGAGCCAAAAGUAACAGUCCACAUCCUCCCUGAUGAGGACAUCAUCGAUGAGGUCACUCUGGUGUGUCUGGUUUCCAAUCCGGUGCAGCAGGAUUACUACAUCGCCUGGUCAGAACAUACUGGAAAUAAACAAUCCAGCUAUACUGAUGGCAUUAACUUCCCCCCAAUGAAAACCCAACAAAGAUACUCAGUUGCAAGUAUUUACACCACCACCAAAGACAAGUGGAACAACUUCACCAUGUUCACCUGCAAUGUAUGGCCUGGUAGAGGUGAACAGUCUAUUAAAUCCAGAGAUGUGUCUAAUGCCAUGAGUAACUCCAUUGAAUAUUCAAAACUGAGUUUUGCUCUGAGCUGCACAGAUGAUGAUGCCUUUGAGGAGGAAGAGUACAGCAGCCUUUGGUCCACAGCCUUCUCCUUCAUAAUCCUCUUCAUAUCCUCUCUUCUCUAUAGCAUGAUAUUCAGCCUGGUCAAGAUGAAGAGAACAUAAAGGAUGAGAUGGAUGCAAAGCAUGAUGACGACAGGUCUUCAUUUGUUUUUUGUCUUUUUUAUCUAAUUUUUAAAACCAUGUACAUAAUC